UAGAACUACGAUUUACCCGCCUUGAAGAAGCUUGCGUGAAAGUGAAGAGAUUUUUAAGUAUCGAUUGUUUUUAAGAUGGCCCGACUGUUAACAGCAAAGGAAAAUUCGGUGGCUUUGUUGAUGCAAUAUCCGUUCAUCCGUCGUUCUGACGAAGAUAAGAAGAGGGUGAAAGUCCUUGGACCUGACUGUCCUGAGCUCCUCAUCAGCCAGAGCACCACCGAUCGUGGAAGGACGUACGUCAGGACCUUUUCUUCCAGUGUGUAUGGUCGCUGGAAUUGGCUUACGGGAUGCGAAGUGAGUAAUGCUCUGUACUGCUUCCCGUGUCUGUUGUUUCAAAGUCCUGGGACAGACAUUUGUUGGGUGACAUCUGGGGUGACGGACUUGAAACACCUGGGGGAGAAGUGUAAAAAGCACGAAAGCAGCAGAAGCCACCUAGACAACAGCUUGAAGCUACGCCUGUUCGGAAGGCUUAGCAUCCGGGAACAGCUUGAUGAAGGCUACAGAGUUGGAAUUAGAAAACAUAACGAGGAAGUGACAAAAAACCGGCACAUUUUGUCACGAAUAAUUGACUGUGUAAAAUUCUGUGGGGCAUUUGAAUUGGCGUUGCGUGGACACGACGAAAGUGCGGACUCAAACAACCCAGGCGUCUUUCUCGGCUUGGUCGACUUUGUUGCCUCAAUUGACAGCACACUGAAAGAGCACUUGGAGACAGCAACUGUAUUUAAAGGCACCUCAAAAACGAUACAGAACGAACUGCUCGAUUGCAUGUUUUCCGUGGUGAGGGAGCAGAUUCUGAAAGAAGUUAAGGACAGUGAUUUCAUUGCCAUCCAGGCCGACGAGACAACGGACAUUAGUACCGUGACCCAACUGGUGCUAGUGCUGCGUUACAUCGACAGCAAAAUGAAAGUGCAGGAACGAUUCUUCGAAUUCAUUCCCCUGCAGUCAUCAACAGCCGUGAACAUUGCCACAGAGCUGAAAGAACGCCUUUCCAUAAUCCUUCCCGAUCAAAAAGAAAAAGAAAAACUCAUCUGCCAAGCUUAUGAUGGAGCGAGCGUAAUGAGAGGUGCCACUGGUGGUGUUCAGAAGCGAAUAAAAGAGGACUACCCAAAUGCGCACUACAUCCACUGCUACGCGCACCAGUUGAACUUGAUCAUGGAACAAGCCACCAGUCACAUUUCUAAAGUAAGGAACUUUUUUUCGGACCUUGGUGGCUUUGCCAGUUUUUUUUCAAGAUCACCCAAGAGGACCAGUGUAUUGGACGAAAUGGUUUCCCGCAGGCUGCCAACUUCCAGCAAGGUCAGGUGGAACUUUCACAGCCGCGCUGUCAACACGGUGUUUGAACACAGAGAGGAUCUCAUCAAAUGUUUCCAUGCCAUACGAGACUCGGGAGACUUCGAUGAAAUCACCGUGAGAGAGGCAGGAGCAUAUGCAAGGAUCCUGGAAGACCCAGACUUCAGGUUCUUCCUGCAACUUUUUCACCAGAUCAUGCCCCUUGUAGACACUCUCUAUGCCAGGCUACAGAAGAGGAGCAUCGACUCAGUGUACAUUAAGAGAUGCAUCCAAAGAUUCCAGGAGGACAUACAGAAGAUCAGAGAUUCUCUCCAUGCCAUGACAGUGGAGCACAGCAGUCUAUCCCUGCAAUCAAGAAAACGUGUGGCUCUCUCUUCAGAGGAUCACCAACGAAUUGCAGCUGAAGUCUGUGAUACCAUACUGGGGCACACCAGAGAGAGGUUCCAGUUCACAGACCAUCUCAUCUGUGCAACCCUCCUGCAGUGCGAUCGGUUUGAAGAUUAUCAAGUGGAUUUUCCAGAGGAGGCUCUUAAAACCACAGUGAAGGCUUACCCUGUCCUUGACAGCAGCAGGCUGAAGACAGAGCUAGAACUCCUCUACAGCAACGAGGAAUUCAGAGCGUGUAGUGGUGCGGUGGACUUCCUCCAAUUCUUUAUGGAGAACAACUUGGGGGAGCUUUUUUCAGAGACGGUAACCCUUUUGAAAAUACUUGUCACCACACCAAUGACGACAGCAGAAGCAGAGAGGUGCUUCUCGACUCUUAAGCGAGUGAAAACAUUCCUGAGAAACACAAUGUCGCAAGAUCGCCUCAACGCACUGGCUACCCUGUCUAUGGAGAGGGCCAUAGUAACAGAGAUGACUGACUUUAACGUUAAAGUCAUUGACACAUUUUCAAAUUUAAAAGAGAGAAGGGCCAAGUUCCUCUACAAGUAGCACUUAAGCAUUUAAGCACUUUUGUGUGUGUGUGUGUGUGUGUG